UCCACUGCCUUAGUUUCCACCACCAACUGCAGUGCACAAACACACGUUAGGCACAGGAAAGAAAGAAAGAGAGAGGACACACUAACAGUAAACACAAACAAAAGGGUGAUGGGAUUAUUUUACUGCAUGCACUGCUGAGCCCGACAUUGUCACCUCCUCUUUGAGGGGUUAGAAGAAGCUGAGAUCUCCCGACAGAGCUGGAAAUGGUGAUGAAUCUUUUUUAAUCAAAGGACAAUUUCUUUUCACUGCACUUUGACUAUGGAAACAGAGGCUAUUGAUGGCUAUAUAACAUGUGACAAUGAGCUUUCACCUGAAAGGGAGCACUCCAGUAUGGCAAUUGACCUCACCUCAAGCACACCCAAUGGACAGCAUGCCUCACCGAGUCACAUGACAAGCACAAAUUCAGUAAAGCUAGAAAUGCAGAGUGAUGAAGAGUGUGACAGGAAACCCCUGAGCCGCGAAGACGAGAUCAGGGGCCAUGAUGAGGGUAGCAGCCUAGAAGAACCCCUAAUUGAAAGCAGCGAGGUGGCAGACAACAGGAAAGUCCAGGAGCUUCAAGGCGAGGGAGGAAUCCGGCUUCCGAAUGGUAAACUGAAAUGUGACGUCUGUGGCAUGGUUUGCAUUGGGCCCAAUGUGCUUAUGGUACAUAAAAGGAGUCACACUGGUGAACGUCCCUUCCAUUGUAACCAGUGUGGAGCUUCUUUUACUCAGAAGGGCAACCUUUUGAGACACAUAAAAUUACACUCUGGAGAGAAGCCGUUCAAAUGUCCUUUCUGUAGCUAUGCCUGUAGAAGGAGGGACGCCCUCACAGGACACCUCAGGACCCACUCUGUGGGUAAACCUCACAAGUGCAACUACUGUGGACGAAGCUACAAGCAGCGCAGUUCACUGGAGGAGCACAAGGAACGCUGCCACAACUAUCUCCAGAAUGUCAGCAUGGAGGCUGCCGGGCAGGUCAUGAGUCACCAUGUACCUCCUAUGGAAGAUUGUAAGGAACAAGAGCCUAUUAUGGACAACAAUAUUUCUCUGGUGCCUUUUGAGAGACCUGCUGUCAUAGAGAAGCUCACAGGGAAUAUGGGAAAACGUAAAAGCUCCACUCCACAAAAGUUUGUGGGGGAAAAGCUCAUGCGAUUCAGCUACCCAGACAUUCACUUUGAUAUGAACUUAACAUAUGAGAAGGAGGCUGAGCUGAUGCAGUCUCAUAUGAUGGACCAAGCCAUCAACAAUGCAAUCACCUACCUUGGAGCUGAGGCCCUUCACCCUCUGAUGCAGCACCCACCAAGCACAAUCGCUGAGGUGGCCCCAGUUAUAAGCUCAGCUUAUUCUCAGGUCUAUCAUCCAAAUAGGAUAGAAAGACCCAUUAGCAGGGAAACCUCCGAUAGUCAUGAAAACAACAUGGAUGGCCCUAUCUCUCUCAUCAGACCAAAGAGUCGACCCCAGGAAAGAGAGGCCUCUCCCAGCAAUAGCUGCCUAGAUUCUACUGACUCAGAAAGCAGCCAUGAUGACCACCAGUCCUACCAAGGAAACCCAGCCUUAAAUCCCAAGAGGAAACAAAGCCCAGCUUACAUGAAGGAGGAUGUCAAGGCUUUGGAUACCACAAAGGCUCCUAAGGGCUCGCUGAAGGACAUCUACAAGGUCUUUAAUGGAGAAGGAGAACAGAUUAGGUCCUUCAAGUGUGAGCACUGUCGAGUCCUUUUCCUAGACCAUGUCAUGUACACCAUUCAUAUGGGUUGCCAUGGCUACCGGGACCCACUGGAAUGCAACAUCUGUGGCUACAGAAGCCAGGACCGUUAUGAGUUUUCAUCACACAUUGUUCGAGGGGAGCACACAUUCCACUAGGCCUUUUCAUUCCAAAGGGGACCCCUAUGAAGUAAUGAACUGCACAUGAAGAAAUACUGCACUUACAAUCCCACCUUCUUCAGAUGUUGACAUACUUUUUUUUUUUAAUAUUAUUACUGUCAUUAAUUCUUAUUUUGUGGACGCAGUGUCAUUUUCUCUGCCUAAUUACAAUAAGGAAGAAACAGAAGAGAGAAGGGAUGGGAUAUUGUUUCUUGACAACUUGGCUUGUUGAUUUUAUGGGAAUUAAAGAGCAGUUCAUUUCUGCCAUGCAUAGAUGUUAAGGCAUAUCAUGCUUUGAGAAAAAAAUAAUCACUUGAUUCGUAAAGAUUCACCUAAGGAUUCUAAUUUGCUACUGAUGUUCAGGAUUAUGAUUGAAGGCAGGAAAGAUUAGCGUUUUCUGGGUAGGACUUUCACAGUUUAAAAUGGGAUAAGUAAUUUUACUGUUCAAAGAAGAAUUUGUUUCAAAAUGUAAACUGUUUUUUUUUUUUCCCUCUAGAGAUCAUGGAACACAAACACAUUAUUUUCAGUGAUAACUCCUUGGAUGAGUUGUUGUUGUGGGUUCUAUGUUUACUUCCCCUAUGGAAUUUAUAAUACGGUAUGUUGUACACUGUACCAUAUAGCAAAACUUUUAAACUACAGGUAGUUAAGGACAGCUACAAAUACAUCUGAGAUCCUAGGAUCUUAUUUUUCUAAACUUAAGCACUGUUUUUCCAUAGUUUUGAUGACUGGCAUUUUAUAGACACCCUGGCAGCCUUACUUUUAACACCUUUAAUGAAUAGUAUUUUUAUCUAGUUUUCAGAAUAACAUGGUCUAAGAGCGGCUAAGAGGCAGUCACUACUUUCCAGAAGGGACCUCUGCUUUUCUUAAAUUUGUUUGGAAAGUUUUCUUUUAAAGUUGCAAUGUGAUGGCAGCAUAGUAUAUGUAUCUGUUUCUAAAAGUAUGCUUACGAUUGUCACUUUAUCAGCAUUUAAUCAGUGUUAACCAGUCAGCAGAAAAAUAUAAUUAGGCUAACAGUAGGGGGGAAAAAAAUCCACUCAGAAAUCCCUUUUCUGGUAUUUCUCUUUUCACUGGUUUUUCUCAAGCUGUGACCACCCAGUGUUUUGUCCAUAGUCUGUUCGUCUUUUACUCUUCUAGUGGAAGAUCUAUAAAAAUCUUGCCAUAGGCUAUUUCUUUCAAAAUCUCCUCAGAGCAAUUGCUAAUUUGACCUGAAUGUGGUAACUUGAACCCCAUAAGAUUAUGGAACUAGGGCUAUUUAUUCUAGUAUUUCUUCAAUAAUAAUAUUUACCACUUUUUGGUACAAGGAAAAGGGAACGUCUUUGUAACCGGUACAUUAACUAUAGAUAAGACAGAAAAGCAAAACUUAUUUUUACGUUUCUUGGAGUCCAGAAUGUGACUGAACCUCCAAGCUUAAGUGUCCAGUCCACAUUUUCUGUCUCAAAAACAUGCAACUAUUUAUAAGUUCUUGUCAGAAAUGAAUCUCAAUCCCUUACUACAAAAUUUUUCUUCUUUUUUAAUUCAUACAUACGUUGCCAUAUUUCAUGUACGGAUUUUAAUUUCUUUUAUAUGGGUGCUCCUCUGCUUUUUCUUUGCCGUCUAACAGCACUAGAGGGGAGGAACUGAAUGAAACUGAUUAAAUUCAUCUUGGGGGGCACCCUUGGAGGGGGAACUUACUGUUUGUGUUUAGGGAGGACAGGCCUGACCAUGACUGGAUUAUCUGAUAACCAUUUCUGAAUACUAAAAUUACAUUAAGCUGAUAACUGCUGUAAAAAAAUCAUUACUUGGGAUGCUGAAACUGUGUUUCUUAAUGAUGCAAGAAUGAUGUGAGAAUUAGCCAGACUAGAGAACUGUGGACAGAUAGGCAGAUCUGGCCCCAGUACUGUUCUUCACUCAUUUUCUAGUUUACCAUCUGCUUAUGUAAGCAGCUUCUAAGCACUGACACGGCUAGAGCUAGGCAAAAAUGGUUACAACGCAACUCUCUUUUACUAGCCCUCUGUGGUAAUUAUUUCUGGAGAAAUGUCUAAAUUGUUCCUUUAACUCUGAGAGAAGGCACCAAAACAGAAAUGCAAAAUGUUUUAAAGAGAACGUCCACUGUCACUUUUCCUGCAUGCUUUGGUACAUUACUGCAUUGUGAACAUACAGUGUAUUCAAAGGUGAAGCAUGUCUUUGAGAUUUCCUCACCCACCUGCCCCAAACACUCAUAAAUAAUUGGAAUUUAUUUUUUUUUCCUUUUAGAGGAAGGUAAAUAAUCUAAAGUUAGUGAUUUUGUAUUUUACUACAAUUCAAGGAAAUAUUUGGAUCGCAGUCAGUAUGUUCAUAACUUUGGCUAUGUGUGAGUUUCUGCUGGAAUCAUCUAUGAAGUUUUUUCCUGGUUACUAUUUUUUAUUUUCAGUGUAUGAACAAUCAUGUUCCUACCUGCCCUGGGAUGAAACUGAAUUUAGGUGGACCUACAGAGUUGUAUAGUACCCCCAUGAGGACAGUACUAAUAUACUCUCCUUUUCUGAUUUCAUCUUUUUGAGAAUCAUUUUUAUUGAAGGGACUUAAUACUUUUGAGAGUGUAUUUGCUACACGUGUGUACUUGUACUUUCUUAGCUUUAUAUAAGGAACAAAAAGAGGUAAAGAUGGCUCAGGGUGUGGCAGGGACAAAUGAGGACAAGAUCAAUUCGAAUGUGUAGGUUAGACAGAAUUUUUGUGGACACAGUGCUUCUGGGAAACCCUGGAUGGCUAUAUUUGCAUGCUUCUUCAUGAAAGGAAAUAUGCAAGGUGGUAGCAUCUAAAAAUAGAUAUGAGAGUCAGACACCAAAUAAAUCAAGUUUUACAUAAGUUAUAUGCCCAGUUUAUUUAGGUGAGAUUUCACAUUACAGAUUAUUUGAGGGGCAUGAAAAUAGGUUAGCUUCUGUAUUUUCCAGUUUAGCAAAAAUUCGUCACAUUGCUUUGCCCUAAUUUUGCCCAGAAUUUUAUCUCCAGCUCCUGUUAGAGAAAUGUGUUGCCUCUCUCUGAUAGUGGUCAAUCACUUUUAAAAAGCCAUUCUAAUCUGGCUUGUUAAAAUAGUGAAAGUGACCAGUAAGCAAAUUGGAAGAGAUUUUGAGUUGUUGAAACAUGCCAUUGAGAAUUUUCUGGAGGGACAAAAUGGGAGAACGAGAGACUAGGAUUCAGAUUUGGCUAAAAGUAGGGAUUGUCUCUCCUACAUACAUACAAGCAGCUAUAUACAUGCAUCAUAGUACACAUACACACACAUUCUUUUAAAGAAAAUUCAUGAAAAAAAAGCAGAGUGAUCAGAUUUGUUGCAAGAGCCUAUAGAGAGUUAAAAUUAUAGUUAAUACCUGAGCAACUUAGUAGGUUUACUUUACCAGAUUGUACUGAGAAAUAUUAAAGUUACUAGUGUGUCUUUAGGACUAGUCGCAACGAUUCAACUUAAACCUUGAGGCUUUACUGUGUACUUACAGAACAAAACAAAUCAAAUUUUAAAAAAAAGGCUUUAAGUUGAUUUGAUAUAACCUCCAAAGUGAAAGAAACACAAAUUACUUUUGAAUAGGAAGAUACAGAAAAGAAAAAUUUUCAACUUUUACUUGUUGACAAAUGGAGAAAGACAAGAAUGUUUUAGUGAGCUUGGUAUUGUUUUGAUUUAUGGUUUUUGUGUCUCAGUUGUAGACCUCACAGAACCAUGAAGUUUUAUGAUAUUUUAUAAAUGUUUGACAAAAUUUACAUCAGUGAAGGCAUUUAGAUGAAAAUGAUGUUUUACUUACUUCCCAAAUGUUAUCUUUAAAGUGAUUCCUUAUGGUGGAAAAAGAACAGAAAAGGCUGCAAAAAUACAAAUAAAAAACUAUAUGUUCCUGGUUUCAAGACAGAACUUAGAUUAUAGGAGGUACUGGAUACAUUAUUUUUUAACUUUGAACUGUUCGUUUUACAAAAAGGGGUAAGUUACAUUUGUGGUCAUCUUUAAUUAUAUUUUAUAUAUAUUUUAGUAAGUACUAUCUGUGUGAAAAUUAUUCUAAAACAGAAAAUUCCCCAAAUGCAAAA